CAAUAAACUAUAAACCUGACUAACCAAAUAGUUUUCCCAAUGCAACAAAAUACGAAUCCUACAUAUUUUCCCCCACCCUGUUUCUCAGUAACCUGGAUUCUGUUUAAGCUUUAACUAUUAUAUUAUCAGACACUCAGUUCAAUCACGGAUUUCAAGAUAUUGAUUAAAGUUCUACAAUUGAUUUUAUUCAGAUCGUUUGAGCAAUCAAAUAGAUCCUAUUCAAUCUUUUUUGGACUUUCAUUCCCUUUUUAUCGUAAAAUCUACUGCUCUUUCACCCGGUCAAAGUUGAAGCUGUGUGUAAAUUAUGGUCAAAGAUAUUUAACUCAUAAAUAAUUUGGACUCAGCUCAAUAUGUAAUUGCUUCCAAGAAAUGGAGUAAAGAGAUCAAUAUUGACUUCUCAAAUUACUAAAAACUAAGUUAAAAUGAAGAUCAAUUGAAUUAACAAUCUAUUUCUCUGUUAAAAAGGACAACAAAACAAGAAAGAUCUCAUUUGAACAAAAUAUUUUCAGUAAACAAGUUGAAAUUGUAAUCGUGAUUGUUUUUCAAUCUUUGUUUGGUAAAUUAACAAAUAUUAUUAUUACAUUUAUUAUCAAUUUGUUUAUUAAAAUCUGUAUAAAUCGUGAAAAUAUGAUUACAACUAAAAUAAUCAACAGUAAACAUGAUGUUGAUUCAAUUAUUCAUGGUAUUGAUACGAUAAUAAGUGAUUGUGAUGGAGUCAUCUGGUCCAACAAACAACCCAUUGAAGGAGCUUCAGAUUUUUUCAAGAAAAUGAGAUCAAUGGGGAAACGGAUUGUUUUUGCGACCAACAAUAGCACCAAAUCUCGAGAAUCAUUAUUGGCCGAAUUAAACAAAUUCGGAUUUGAAGCAACGAUAGACGAAGUGAUUGUACCCAGUUUGGCUACUACAAUCGCUCUUGGAAAGUUAUCUUUUACUGGUAAAGUCUUUUGUCUUGGUUCACCAGUUUUAAGAGCUGAUAUUGAAUCGGCUGGGUUCAGUGUAAUCCCUUCAUCUUGCGAUGUCGAUGAGGACUUUGAAGAAGACAGACUUUUCAAAGAUAUGGCCUUAGAUUAUGGUUCCAUCACUUAUGACUCUGAUGUUUCUGCUGUGGUCAUCGGUAUGCCGCACAAAGUUUCAACCAUCAAGUUGAUUAAAGCCUGUACUUAUAUUUCAAAAGUAUCACCAGAUUUAGUGAUCUGCACAAACACCGAUUUCUCAUUUCCCGGACCUAAUGGACUCGUCAUCCCCAUAACUGGAAGUUAUGUUGAAUUUUUUGAAAAGGCUACCAAGAGAAAGAUGGUUUGCAUUGGAAAACCAAGUAAAACCUUCUUUGACUGUAUCAAGAUUAUUCAUCCAACUGUGAAUCCUUCUCGGACAAUGGUCAUUGGUGAUACUUGUGAUACAGAUAUUGCUUUUGGUCACAACAGUGAUGUUAAAUAUACACUAUUGGUUGGCACUGGUAUCAAUAGCUUAGAUGAUGUUGAAAAAUUUGCUCUUGAUGGACUAAAUCAUCUCAUUCCAAGCCAUUUUGUUACAAGCUUGAAAGCUUUUAUUACCUUUUUGUCUGAUUAACUGCUCAAACGUCGGUUUGAUUGGGUUCAGAUUUUAAUUUUUAAUUCCAACAGCCAUAUUCAAAUAUUGAUUUAUACAACACCUAUUU